AUGGCGUCUGACCAAAGUUACAACAAAAUCGUGUAUAAAGUCCACAGUCUCAUAGAGAAAGGAGAUUUGGUGAAACUUCGAAAGUUGUUGUGGGAUAAACCUUUGAAGGAAAAGAAAGUUAUUGUUAAUGAAAAAUUUAAGAACAAGACAGCCCUUUUUCAUGCUUGUUUUCGUGGGGAAAUUGACAUAGUUCGUUUCCUUCUUGAGAACUGCAUGCCUGACUUGGAAGCUACCGGUACACAUGUUGUAGAAGAGGAUGAAAGUUCUGAACAUAUUGUGCCCCCAAUAUGGAGUGCUGCAAUUUCUGGUCGGUUGGAUAUAGCAAAAGCUUUGAUUGAAAAUGGAGCAAAUGUACAUGGGUGUUCAGAUACCAAGUCGACAGCAGUGAGGGCAGCUUGUUACAGUAACAAUGUGGAUAUGGUGAAAUACCUUGUGGAGCAUGGAGCUGACGUCAAUAUCCCAAACAAAAAUGGUGCAACAUGUUUAAUGAAUGCAAUAGAAUGCAAGGAGCUUUGUGAAUUCCUUAUCCAGUCUGGUGCUAAAGUCAAUGCACAAGAGAGUGGGAGAGAUAAACUGACUGCAUUACACUAUGCAGUGAACUACCAAAAGCUUGAUACUAUCAAAGUCUUACUGAAGCAUGGUGCUGAUGUGAAUUUAAAAACAGUUGAUGGCAUAUCAUCUGUGCUGUUGGCCGCCCUUCUUAAUCUGAAAGUCAUCACUCACUUUUUCAUCGACAGUGAAGAUCUUCCUAUUCCCAUUGUUGAUAAGAUUAAUGCUAUAGAACUUUUAGGUGCAAAAUCCAUAGACUAUUCUCAAUAUACUGAGGCCAUAGAGUGGUGGACCAAGGGCAUAGAGAUGAGGGAACUCCAUCAAAUAUCCAAACAAUUACCAGAUCACAGGGAUUUGUAUGGGGAUGCCAAAGAACCAGAAACUAUGAAGGAACUGAUUGAUAUGGAAAUUACAUCCGUAAAUAUGUAUUUGAUGGCAGCUCUGGUUAAGGAAAGGAUACUGGGACCUCUGAGCCAGGAUUCUCUUCUUGGUGCUAUCCAGUAUGGCUGGGAACUUCGUGGAACAAACAGAUUUCGGCUGGCACUGGAGAUAAUUUCCUACUGCUACAAUGGAUACAUGAUAAAGGAGUGGUAUUUGCUAGACAAUUGCCUUAUUGCUAUAUCCCAAGUCCUGAAUCUGACAGCACUGAUACUGAAAGAGGAGAAAGAUGCCAAAACAGAUGAACACUUUACAAAUAUGUCACGCUUCUUACAUACAUUGGUGGAACAUGUGAUGAAAGCAACGCCAAUGUUGAAGGAAAAAUCUGCUUUCCGGGAUGAGAAACGUAACUAUCAACAAUUAAUGUUGCUGGUUUUGGAUUGUGUUUCUCUUUUGAUAUACAUGGCACCGGAUGAGAACAGCCUUGAAAGUAUUAGUUUUGAAAUAAAGAGGAUUCUGAGAUACGAUCCUCGAGGUUUACAAAAACAGACAUUGCUUCAUAUGGCAGUUGACACAUCAACAUCGAAGAGAUUGUAUGAUUCUGUGGGGCUGGUUGCAUUUCGAGAUGAUUUUGCUUUAGUUAGGACUCUGCUAGAAUGUGGAGCUCAGAUAAACUCUGUGGAUGUAGACCACAACUCACCUUUGUACUGUCACAUCAAGGUCAUCGGAAAGCAAGGUGUGAUGUAUGACCAGAGCAUCCUAAACCUGCUUCUAGAGCAUGGUGCCCAUGUAGACAUGAACAACAAAGCUGGUGAGACACCCCUCGAUGUUGCUAAACAAAACUUUGUCACUCUGCAUGAGGUGAAGCAUACAAAACUCCAGUGCUUGGCAGCUAAUGUUAUCAACAAAUUUAACAUUCCUUUCAAAUUUGAAAUACCAAUCAAUCUUAUAAGAUUCGUUGAGUUGCACGGAACACAAUCAAAUAUCAGAUAA